AUGCCGUGUCCGUUCUUGCGAACGACCCUGGAUCUCUUCGAGGGCGUAGAGAUGCUUGAAGGUUGUGGGAACUGGCUGCCAUGGAUCGGAGCCACCAAGAUCGGAGCGAGAUGUGUCGGUUGCUUGAGCAUGAUUGAUGGGACGAAAACUCCGGUCCUCGACACCCCGAAAAGUCUGUCUAUUGCUGAACACAACAGCCGGGUCUUCUCGAACGCGUUGUACACCAAGAAGUCGGGACUCCUCCUGCUUGCCAUCCUGCACGUCGUGAACGACCGUCUCAUCCAGCAACUGCAGCAUACCGAGGACGUGCGAGGAGCCAUCGUGGUUCUAGACGACCUUUGCACACCUAGAGGCGUUAUCCCGUGUAUCAACCAACUUGGUCGUGUGCAAUCUGUUAGGUUCACGGACGAGUAUGCUAGCUUUUUGGACUUCCUCAACGAUUUCAACGAUCAGGUCAACAACUUCGACUGA